GUUCUCAAUUAAUUAAAUACAUUUUUUUUUUGGUGAACAUUUGGCUCACUGGUUUGCUAGUAUUAUAUUAUUACAAUAGUUACAGUGCGGCCAACGAAAGAAUGCGAUACUGAUAAGCCGUUUCAGUACCCUUAGCAGGAACUAUUAUCGCAUUUGAAUAGUUUGCGAGUCCGAAAUGUUAUUGUCAUUUUUUUUAUGAAAACUUGAACAGCAGAGCCGUAACGUACGUAACGAGAACUAAUCUAUUAGGCCAUGAUAUUAAGCUGAAUGUGAAGAAAAAUCGGCGCUCGCAUUCGUAGUUAGAACUUUAUUUCCCGCGCUUGUCAUACAAUGUUCUGCCGAUCGUGUUUUGUUUUCGGGAUUUCAGUACCCUUAGCACGAACCAAAAUCGAAUUCGUAACGUUUGCGAGUCCGAAAUGUCAUUGUCAAAUGUGUACUGAUUUUUAGUUCUCGUUACGUACUUUGUGCCGCUGCUGUUCAAGUUUCCAUACAAAAUUUGACAUUGACAUUUCGGUUUGCAAAGUAUUCGAAUUCGAUAAUGGUUCGUGCUAGGGGUACAGUACACAUUUGAUAAUGACAUUUCGUACUCGCAAACGAUACAAAUUGGAUAUUGGUUCGUGCUAAGGGUACAGUUCCUUAUGGCUACAGAUUUAGAGUUUAUUUCCAGAGCACUUACGGCCCUAUCAGGGCCGCAUUUCUUUGUUGGCUAAACUUUCAAAGCAGUCAAAUUAUUGCCGGAUUUGCGCUGCCGUGGCAACCUAUGAACUAGAAGAUAAUCAACACGUCCGCUAAGGUCACGAUGGCCAGUGCAUUUGCCAGGAUAGCGAAACAUGUUGAUUUGAUUCCAGUCUGAUGCUAGGGAUGUUGCGGGUGUAAUUUUUUCUUGUUAGAUAUUCUUACAUUAUGUAUUUUAUUAACUCCUUUUCUAAGUUCAAUCAUAAGGACGUAGUUCAAAGGUAGCUACUACAUACAGGCGGUACAGCCGAGUGGUAAUAUAUAUAGAUAUGUAGCGGCGAAUAUAUGUAGAUGAAUGUUCGGCAGUCUGUCGGGUCGGCUUUGUUGUUCGAAAAAUACUGCCGACCCGACUGUUAUGCCGUUAAUUGCUCUUUGCGUGAUGUAAUCGCUUCAAAAGAUCAGACUGCAAUGUUUUUAAUUAAGUUUUCAAUUUAUUAAGUAUGAAAUGUAGAUUGAUGUUAGUAUAUUAGACAUGGCACAACUAUAAUAAACCUGGUCAGGCAACAUUUGUCUAUUGCACUUGUAAAUUAUAGUUAAUUAUAAUAACAUAUUAUUAAAUUGUUAAUAUAGAGGUAAUAGAGAGAGAUAGACCAUGAUGUUAUAGCAGACCGAAUUUAUUUUUUGUAUGAUACAAGGAUGCGAUUGUCAGAUUUUUCAUGUGUGUAAAUAGAUGAUAAUAUUGUAUUUUGUUUUUUACUGUAUUUAUUUAUUGUUUUGGUAUUAAUAUAUUUUUUUAAUAAGAACACAUUUAUAUGUCACUUUUUGGUGGCAUCAUAAAGUGUAUUUUUGGUUUCCUGUUUUGGUGGAAUGAUAUUUAUUUCUUAAUGAAAAUUUAGGUUUAAAUUAAAUAAUUCAGUAAAAAACCUAUCAGUGGUUUAAGUAUGAGCUAUGUUUAGUUAAAAUUUUAAAAAUGAAGCAGUCAUCGUAUAGUAUUAAUCGCUUCUUCAUCUUGGUUUUGUCUAAUUAGUUUUUCCAAUAGGGAGAAUUAUUCCAAUUUAUAUUUCCUAUUCCUUCUUUAAUAAAGUGGUGCGGACUAGAUGAUUUCUCGCUCGAACUAGAGUGCAAACCAUACAGGAGACGCACGUGUCCCAUCGGGCUGACAGAACAAAAUUUUGUUUGAGAAAAAUAACAGAGUAGUGGGAUCAGAGCUUUAUGUUAGGCAACAAGAGCGCAAUACUACUGAAAGUUUUUGCAACAAUUUAAACGUUUUUAACGUUUAAAUAAUAUACUUGACCUGGUAGACGGCCACCUCACAGAACCAUAAAUAAAAUUCAAUGAACUUAAAUAUUGUCAUUAUAAAAGUAAUUAUCCGACUGUCACCACGUUUUUCAAAACCUUCAUGAUUUAACAGUACAGAACUAAUAAUUGAAGAUAAACCUAGAAUUACGGUAAGUGAACAAGUAUUUCAAAUAUAGAAUUUGGUUAUUUAGAAAAAAAGUAUUGAAUAUAAUCAGUUAAUCGCCUAUACAUUUAAUGAUUUUUUUUAAAUCAUGAUUACAGUAAAGUUAUUUCGGAAAUCAUUGGAUCUAUGAACAUUAUCAAAAAAUUCUGUUAUUAUUUCGAUAUAAAUUAUAUAUUUAUCCAAAACUAACCAAAAAAUAUCCCUACUGAAAAAAAAACUAUUUAAUAAAACUUAUUCACUUCCGCCAAAAGUUAUUUCCUUUUUCGCCUUUAAAACUAUUGAUUUGACUCGCUUGGUAAAACGACGCAUGCGCCCUCUACAACAACACGUGUUACGCCAUGUAGCGCGCGAAAAAUUAUUUUUUGUAAAUACACUUUAUUACCACAAUUUGAGAAAUUUCCAUACCUAUUCUAAAUUCUAUUACAUUAAUAAAAAUUACUUUUCAUGAAUAUAAAAGUGGAAAUUUCAUGUGAAAAGUUAACAAGUUGAAAAGAGUUUUGAAACGAUACAAUCUUCGCGGGUUAGGGUUGCCGGAAAGAAGUUUGAAGUGGGGAGAGUGGGGGAAGCUCCGCUUCGUGCGUUGUGGCGCGGCCGGCCCACGACAGUGUGCUGUGCGCCGUCGCCGCGCGAACAACUGAGCCGAAACUUUAGCCGUCUGACUGCAGACUACGCUCGCAACCUCGAAAACUUUUGCGGCACUCAUGCCGCUCUUGCAUCAGGAGGAUAACCGCGGAGGCGGCGGGCCCAAUGAGAACCGACGAUCUCUCACGGAUUUCUUGGGCCUGGACUCUACACAUCUCGGCGAGGCUGCGCUCGCCGCUGCUAACCAUCGCAACAAUGAAGGGGGCAGCGACAUCGAGUGGCGCUGGGAGGAGCCGGGUAGCCCGGAGGUGGCGCACACGCCGCGCUCGCUCGUGCCGCUCGGGUGCUUCCCUCCGCGCCAUCCCAGAACUUACGCCAGCUACAGCGAGAGCGCGCGCCCUGGCAGCUGGGCCGGUGACUCCGGCCAGGGCAUCACCGACCUUGUCGCCUCUUUAAAGGCCCUGGCGAUGCCGGCGUCGAGCGCGCGCCCCGCGCAAUUGCAAGCAAGGCUUAGCUUGGACUCCAUAGAGAACGGGGAUUCUGCCUGGCCUCCGGAGCAAGCGAGCACUACUAACGGCCGGGAGGAUCGUAUCCUGCCACGACGUGCAUCUUUUUGCGGCGUGGGUCCAGGGCUGGGCGUGGGCGUGGUAAGCGUGGGCGCGGGCGGCGUGGCCCGCUGGAGUGGCACGCUACCCCCGCGCUGCGCUGACCCCAGCAGUGGGAUCUCUUCGAAAGUGUUCCUAGGAGGAUUGCCUUGGGACAUCACGGAACACUCGUUGAUGCACGCGCUGAGGCAGUUCCAGCCAGUGCAAGUGGAAUGGCCUCCUGGCUCGCCGCGCGGGUACGCGUUCGUAACUUUCGAGAGUGAGCGGCGAGUACGCGCGUUACUGGCGGCCUCUAGGCGUGACGGCAACGACUUGUACUACCGCAUUGCAUCACGCAAGAUGCGCAGCAAGCAGGUGCAGGUGAUCCCUUGGGCGGUGAGCGACGCGAACUGGGUCCGCGGCGGGUCGGCGCGGCUGGAGCCGGCGCGCACCGUGUUCGUGGGCGCGCUGCACGGCAUGCUCAGUGCCGCGGCGCUCGCGCAUAUAAUGAACGAGCUGUUCUCCGGCGUCGUGUACGCGGGUUUCGACACCGACAAGAACAAAUACCCGAUCGGCUCCGGGCGCGUCACCUUCAACAACGUACGCUCUUACCUGCGCGCAAUCUCUGCCGCAUAUGUGGAGAUAUGCACCGACAAGUUCACCAAAAAAGUGCAAGUCCUCCCGUAUCUGGAAGACUCCAUGUGCUCAGUAUGCAACCUGCAGCAGGGGCCAUACUUCUGUCCAGAGCCCAUGUGCUUCAGAUACUUCUGCCGGUCGUGCUGGAUGUGGCAGCACGCAAGCGAAGAGCACACUCCAUUGAUGCGCAACUCCAAGUCGGGGUCAGUGACGCUGACCAACACUCGCCCCGCCCCGCGGCACUCCCCGCCUUCAGACCAAUGCCUCUACGGCGCUAACUAUCUGCCCAGCGAUGGGACCCCAUCUCCGCCGACGAGCGGCGCUAGCGGUGCGAGCGGGACGAGCGGCACAAGCGGAGCGAGCGGUACGAGCGAAUACGAUGCAAACUGCGACGACGGACAACCCAAUGAGCCCACCCUCGCCCUCUCCUGGCCGACGCACUGACUCCCGCGAUUCGCUAUUAAGUUGGGCGCUUCGCCGUAUCUUAUUUAGCGUAAGGUUGAUUUUUCUGACACCUCUUGUUUUUCAAUCUCUUUAUUUUCAAUAACUCAUAAGUUUUGAUUUCGACGCGAUCUUUUCCGUUCUCUUCGUGCAAAACGGGAUUGUAUGCGUUAGUCGUAAAAUUACGAUUACGAAUCUGUCUAUAUAAAUUGUUUCGGUUUGGUCCUUCUAAGAUUGUUAUCUAAUACGUGACUUUUACAUUGACUUGAUUUGUACUAACUUUUGUGAAACCUUUGAUUAACUGUAUCCACGAGUCCCGCUGGAGGUGUCGGCAUGCUAAAUUAGUAUUUUUUCUUUUUGUAUAAAUUAAGACUAAGAUUCAUUAGAAAAUUGUAAGAUCUUGAGGUCGAGAUGAUUUGUAAAUUGUUGAUUGUUAUUGCAGAAUUAUUUUUUUUGUAGUGCCCGCAGAUUGUCCGUUUUGAAAUGUCUAACUAAAUUCAAAAUUUAUACUUAAACACUUUUGUCAAGUGUAUAGAUCGUGUUUGAUUCUAAGCAUGCAAGCAUUUCGUUGA